GCCGCCGCCCGGUCGCAGGCGGCGCAGGGCGCGGAGCGGCGGCGGGUCCGGGGCAGGGCGGCUCCGCCAUGGUGGGUCGGCUCAGCCUGCGGGAGGUGCCCGACCUCCCGGACAUGAGGAAGCGGGGCGACGCGGGGCUCGACAGCCCCGACUCCGGGCUGCCCCCCAGCCCCGGGCCCGCCCCCCCGCCCUGGCUCCUCGCCUCCGGCAGCCCCGACCGCGCCGCCGCCGCCGCCAACGGGCUGCCGGAGUCCGACCCGUCCGCGCCCGCCGCCGCGAAUUCUGUGUUCUCCCCCAGCCCUGUUCUCUCCAGCUGCCCUCCAAGAUUGUGUCCUUUAUCCUUUGGUGAAGGAGUUGAGUUCGACCCUUUACCACCGAAGGAAAUAAGGUACACGUCCUCAGUUAAAUAUGACUCGGAGAAGCACUUCAUCGACGACAUCUAUAUGCCAGUGGGUUUAAGCGUUUCCUCUUGCAGUCAGACGGUCAUCUGUGUCCCAAACUGCACGUGGCGCAAUUACAAAUCAGAGGUCCACUUAGAGCCCCGCAACAAGCCCCAGCGUUUCACCAGCACCACCAUCGUCUACCCGAAGCACGCCAAGACUGUGUACACCACCACGCUGGAUUACAACUGUCGUAAAACCGUGCGGCGGUUCCUCUCCAGCAUAGAGCUGGAAACGUCGGAGUACCUUGGGAAUGACUGUGUCCUGGAUGGUUGCUGACUGACGGCUGUCUCUCUUGCUCUGAUCCAUCCCAGUCCCAUCUAACGUACUGUGCUAACUCUCCACUAGCUAAAGUGGGUACAGACCCUAACUUUCGGGUCAGGUUAAGGGAACCUUACCUGUCGCCACCUCUUUCUCAGCUCUUAAUUCCUGCUUUAAGCAUCAGAAUGGCCUGAAUGCAGUUUUCUGUGGGAACGUAACAGUAAGGAACUUGUUUCUUUGCCUUUUAAAUUCAUGAGUUCCUUCCCCUUCCCUGCAGUGCAGUAAUCAGAUGAAAAUAAGGGAAGUAUUUUCCCAGAGAAAAAAUUGGCAGGUAAGAAAGAAUGCAGAAUAGCACCUGGCAGGUGGAAAUCCAUUUGAUGCUUUGGGGUGAUGUGCAAAAAUAAGGGCAGUUUUCUCUCUUGCAGAGAAUCUACCAGGCCUUUUGGUUACAGAUAGCCAGAGCUGUCGUUCGUUUCAGUUUAGACCUCAAGACUGUUUUCUCUAGAAGAACCAUCUCCUGGAAAUUGCUGGAAAAAGCUAAGAGAGGAAAAAAUUGGAAUUCUGCAUUUAGCAGAACACAAAAAUGUUGUCCUAUGGCAUUCAUGUCUAGUUUGAAGGUGUAAGUUGGAAAGAAGAGGAAUUCUGAGUAGAGCAGGAGAUUAACUGUUUUUGCAGCUCCAAGCAGUAGAGAAAGGCUCAGGUAAUUCAAGUUUUCUAGAUGAACGGCGCGAUGCAUCUUCUGUACUUAUAAUGACUUCUGCAGCGCUAUAGUCUGUGUAACACACACUAGCAUUUCUGUGCAUGUAGUAGGACUUGUAUGGAGAGUAUCAGGCCAAAAUUAUCCAUGUAUUGUUGGAAAGUCAGGUCUUGACAGUGUGGUGGUGGAAAAACACCAGUGCCUAGUUUUUACCGAUGUACUGUCUGCACUAAGGGAGUUGUAACUAGGAAAGUUUCAGAAAAUGAGCCACGUAUGCAGGGACCUAGAAUGGAGAAGGAAAUGCUGAGUUCGGGUGUGAGAUGCUGCUGGGGGGGUGUGUGUGAAGAGGUGGAUGGUAGCAAAGGAUGGGCAAAUUUCUAUUGCAUGGCAAAAUCCACAGCUGUAGCUCCGCUUCCCCAUUGAGCUUCUCAUUGCAAAGGUCUCUGGACUUUGGUAUUCAGGAUGUCACUGCGAUGGGGUAGCAUUGGCCUGUCUGUAGGCUGAUGAAUAACCCCUCCCGUCCCAAGUGCAUGAUGAGUUUGUGGACCAAAGGGAAUAACUUCGGAUACUAUGGAAGUCCAUCUGGAUGGUACAUGCAUUAGUUUAUCAGGCGCUUUGAUGAAAAUAAGAUGGAGAGGUUUCUUGCUUUACCCAAAUGGUUUGGUUUUUUUAAUAUUGACAGAGAGCAGUGUAGUGUGGGGAGCAUCUGCUUUUAGGACCGUGGCUUACGUUGGUGGCUAGUGUGGUGUAGCAACUCAGAAACGCUUGGUAAACUUGACUUAGCUGGACACGGCUUUUCCAUGUAUUCCAAAACUCCUCUGAGGUGUGGAUCACCUCCUGGUGCAACAUCAGCCCCGAACCCGCUUUUAAAGAGGACUUCACAUAGCCCCAAGGGUGAAUUUUGUCAGUGGUGAGUUAGAAACUGGGAGCCAGUUCUUGAGCUGUACUUAGGCGUGUUUGUGCAAGUGUGAGGAACGGUGUGAGAGUGUACUCUAGUGUGAACUGAAAUGAUUUGGGAGACUAAAAAUGCAGCGGGAAGGAAGGCCUGAGUUUGUGUGGUUGGGGUUUUUUGUUGUUUUGUUUUUUUACGUAUUUAUUAGCUCAAAACAGAACAUCCUUAAUCUUUGGUAGUUGCCUCGGAAAGUCAGAUCCUAAAACAGUCCCAGGGUGACAGGGGAUGCCAGUCAGGUAGGCUUUGCUCCAGAGUUAAGAGCGGUGCGGUCUUUUCAUUAAACAUGCUGGUUUCAGACUACAGUAUUCAGGAGAUGUGUCUUAAAAACAUGUUGCGAUUCUCCCCUAAACGUUGCCCCAAGAUAUACUUGUGUGACAGAAGAUGCAACUCGGCCCCUAAGUGUGUGGGGUUUCAAAUGGACAGAACUCUUCCUUGGGAAAGCCAUUGUGUCAUUGCUCGCUUCACAGUUUUAUGUACCUUGCUCCUGAAACAUCUGGUGCUGGCCACUGUUGGACACAGGACGCUGGAAGAACACGGACCCUGGAUUGCUCCGACAAUGCUCUUCCAAUGAAUUCAUUUGCAGGAGAUCUAAAAGAAGAUUAUUUUAAGUUGUAAUCAUUAAUUGUCCCUGCUUAGAAAUGAAACGACCCUUACACUAUGGUUUUAGGAUAAAGCACUUGAUUUUUAUAAAGCAAACAAACUUAAUUAUGUACCUCUUAAAAAUAUUUUAAUUGGUAGAGAUACCUUUUAAAUUAUUUAUGUUCCAACAUUUGCAAAGCUCUGAUUAGCUCUGUGCAAGUGUUCUGAUGUCUGUGACGUUUCCCAUCCCCCUUCUAAUUUUCAGUUUGUAUUUUACUUUAUUGGUAAUAAAGGAUCAGAAAACCAUCAUAUAGGAAAGACUCUUUAUUUUUCAC